AUGACCAAAGGCGAUAAAGGCAAUGCUCUGCAGGCCCUUUUUGGGUGCUGCCUUGGAGAAUCAAGCCGUCCCGCCUCACCAGAGCCCCCUGCAGUACCUCUCAACCCGGCUCCCGCUCCAGCUCCAGCUGUCCCUGCGCCAGUUCCAGCCAACGGCGGAGCUCAAGUGCAAGCUCAAGAGGACAUUGAUAUCGACGUCGUAAUUGAUGAGCGCGUCGCCAUCAACCUGCACAACGUCCCUUUCCAAGCGCCCCCCAGCAGCCUCACUUACUACAUCACCUUCCCUCCCCACCAGCGCCCAGCGUCUCAGCCUUCUGCUGCACAGUCAGAGCGUCGAACCACCCAGACUCGCGCCAGUUGUCGACCUUUGUCCGCUGCAGCCUUUUACGGCCCCCCACCCUCUCCUCCUCCUCCUGGACCUCUCCCUCCACUCCCGCCCCACGCCGGCCAGAGUCAGACGAGCAACUCGCAGCAGGCGAACACUUCACAGCAGAGAAGCAAUUCGCAGCAGAACAGCAACUCGCAGCAAACGAGCUCGCAGCAGGCAGUCGACUUGCAGCAGACGAACGCCCCUCAGAACGGGGAGAUCUCUCAGCAGACUGACAACUUGGAGCAGUUGCUCGACGAGUCGCAGCAGACUGGCACAUCGCAAUACAGCGACAACUCCCAGGAGACCAGCAGCUCGGUGCAGACCGAGGAGCUGUUGCGCAUCAACAACUCGCAGCAGACCAGCAAUUCACAGAAGCUGAGCAGCUCGGAGCAGACCGACUACUUGCAGCAGCUGAACAAGCAGUUCCACUCGCCCAUCAUGGAGUCUGCUAUCCUACACCCGCUGCCCCUACUCAAUAUCGGCGACUAUGUGACGAGGCACUUCUUGAGAGAGCAGCCGGGUCCUAUUGUCGGCGCACUGUUCGGCCAGCAGAACGGCCGUGAGGUGACUGUGGAGCAUGCUUACGAGGUGCAAAUCCUUGUGAAUGGAGACCAAGUGACCCUGGAGCCGGGUUGGUUUGAGACGCGUCUGGAGCAAAUGAGAAUCGUCCACAGGGAUCGCACCCUCGAUCUGGUGGGCUGGUUCACCUUGGCCCCCAGAAGCGGCCCAGGAAGCCACCUUAUUCCAAUCCACAACCAGAUCCUCUCCUACAACGAAUCGGCCAUUCUGCUGGGCUUUCACAGUGAAGAGAUCGGCGAGGAGUCUGUCGGCGGCAAGCUGCCCUACACCACCUACGAGACUGUCUACGAAGUCGACGAUGGCGCCAAAGACACCAAUGUUGAGGGUGAGGACAAAGAGAUGAAAGAUGGCGACUCGCAGCUGAAGCUCAAGUUCAAGGAGAUUCCUUUCACUGUCGAAACGCACGAGGCGGAGAUGAUCAGCAUGAGCUCCGUCGCUGGAGCCGCUGCUAACGCUGCCUCGGAGCGAGUUCAGGAGGAGCUUCUGAAGCUCGACGUCAAAGGCAAAGGAAAAGGCAAGGGAAAGCAGGCUGCCAAGGAGGACGACAAUGUCGACCCUGAGAAUGCGGCUUUGUCCAGAGAGGACCAGGAGAUGAUAGCGGCCCUCACCACCAAGGCGAACGCCAUCAAGAUGCUGAAAGCCCGGAUCGACCUCAUCACCAAGUACCUGCAGCGGCUUCCUCCUCCGUACAUUGAGGAGAUCAACUCCGAGGUCACCGACGGUGACUACACCGAGCCCUCCCAGUCUUUGCUACGCCUCGUGCAGGCUCUCGUCCACCGCUUGAGUAUUGUCGAGCCGUCUGAUGCCGAGACCUUCAAGGAAGAGCUUCUGAGUGAGGAGAAUGACGUCAAUACGAUCGAGCUCCUGAAUGAGCUCAUGAACCGCGUCGGUGAUACCAGAGACAUUGGCAAGAAGUUCCACGUCAUUGAGACUGAGAAAGCUCACAACAGCCAGCGUGCGGCGACCUACGCGUCUCAGGGAACUGCCUAUGGCCACUCUCAGCCAAGCAAGGGUGGCCGUCCUGGUUCCUUGCCUUCGGCCGGCGACUUGAUGUAG